CUCUUCCGGUUCGCAGAACCAAAACCAUCCCUGCUUUUCUCUCUCUAGCUUCCGGCCUUUCUCUCCUCUCUUUCUCUAUAUAUAUAUAUAUAUAGAUAGCUUUUGAUCCGUACAAGAGAGAAAGGGAGAAAAUGGCGGGGUGUUCUAGGGUUGGCAUUGGUGCUCCUGGGUUUUUCGCUUUCCUUUUCGUCGUUGUUUCCGCCUCCUUUGCUCGUGCUCAGUCGUCGGCUCCUGCUCCGGCUCCCACCAGCGAUGGGACUGCAAUUGAUCAGGGGAUCGCAUACGUGCUAAUGCUAGUGGCCUUGGUGCUCACAUACCUCAUCCAUCCGUUGGACGCAUCUUCCUAUAGCUUCUUCUAAAAUUGGUGCAUCAAUUCGGAGAGCAAAAUGCAAUGCUUGUAAAUGCCUUAGAGGAUUUAUUAUUUUUCUCUCCCUUUAUUUUCUUUUUCUCGAUUUUUUCUGGUGCUGUUACACCUCUUGUAGCAGUUUGACAUAUUCCAAAUUUAGCAGUUCUUUUGUUGUACUUUCCCCAUUAGUUUCAGAUCCUAUUUCAUCUGUUUCUUCUC